AUGGCCUUAGCAGCUGGUGACGGUCAACAACAUCAACACGCCACAACUUUACCUUGUGGCGACGAUGAAAUAAUAAAGUUUGUGGCCAGACUUGAAGAAAUCUGGAAUCAUAUAGAGUUCAAGAAGGAUGAAAUGGAAAUAAUUUGUCGGGAAAAUCGAAAACUCUUAAAGCCAUUGCCAAAGCAGAAAACCAAAUCAGAAGAGAAGGACAUUUCUUUGGAGGCACAACAAGGCCACAAAUAUCAAAUGAUUGCUUCUUCUGAAAAUGAACUUGCUGAAUUAAAUCUGAUUAACAAGGCUCUUGAGAAAGCAGAAAAAGCUUGGAAGAAGCAUCGAACUACUACUGAACCCUGUCACACUUGUGAAGUGACUCCAGAAGAUUCAAUAAAAAACCAAGCUAAAGAAGAAUUAGGAUCCAAUUCUCAAGAGCUUGUCACUGAUGAUACCAAAGUUGGUGUCAUCUCAGAAAAGGAAUUAACAAGAGCAAUAUCAAAUGUUCGGGUUUCGCAAAUGAAGGCUGUUUAUAAAAAAGCUCCUUACAAAACAUUUGAUUGUGAACAAAAAAAAACAACAGUUUCUUCAAGUGACUCUUUGUAUGUGAUUCCUCUGACAGUAAAACACUUAUAUCAACAAAAUCAUUCUUUAAAGAGAAAGACUGUAAAGAUGAAGGAACAAUCGAAAAAUGCAGAAUCAUUUUUACAUCUUUGGGAAACAAAGAUGACAAAAACUCCAAAUGGUGAAGUCAAGUUGCUUACCCAAAAAUAUGAAAACCUUUCCACGUUGUUGCAAGGAUUAAAUAUUCCUUGCAUUUCAGAUUCCUCCUCUCCUCAAGAAAUUCUUGAAGCAAAAAUUUCUUUGGAAUACAUUCUAAAUUCAGUUUAUGAUUUAAAUGAACAAACGGAGUCACUCUUAAAAAAAGCCAAACCCAAGUUGACGGCCACUGUUAAUCCUCAUAUGGAACCUGUUCCACAAACUGUUCCCAGAGAAAUAUGGUUGCCACCUCAUCUUUUGUACUCCCCUUUUUAUCAGCAUUUGAAAGAAACUUCUUUGAGGCUUCAUUAUUCCAGUCUUGAAGAACUGAAUGAUUAUUGGGACCAACAGCAUAAUUUGCAAGAAUCAUUGCUUUCACACUAUUUACUCAAGAAUGUAUUUUUCUACCUUUUUCCUCUUUUAAAAUCACAACAUCUACAGCAAAGAGAGAAAAUUUUCCUUUACCGAGUUCUUCAGGGAUUUUUGCAUUCUCAUGGCAAACACUUUCCAACUUUGAUCAAUUCUUGA